ACUACAAUUUAUGGUACAAUAGAAUAUAAUAUUACUUUGGUUGUACAAUUUAAUGGAGCUCUUUUUCUUCUCAUAUUUAUCUCAUCUCAUCUCAUCAAAAUAGUUGCUUAUUCUAUUCCUCUUAUUACACAAGAAACUCUUAAUUAGUUGUAGCAAGCAUGAACUCCAAGUUGUCUAUCUUCUUAUGUUUCUAUGCACUGCUUCUUGUCUUUGUUGUAACAACCAUGCCUUUGGAAGAUGUGAAACAAUAUGAUGAAACAAUAGAAUCAAAGACAAAUAUUGGAAUUAAUAGAUACAUACACAAUGCUGUCAAAUUUAAAAUUUGGAAAGGCAUGAUAAAUUAUUUUAAAGGUCGAAAAGUGGACGACCCUGGAAACGUCAUAAAAUUUCCUAGUGGUGGAAGAUGGGGCUACGGUGGUAAGGCUAUAAACACUCCUGAUGGCGGAAAAGGCGGGGGUGGUGGAAACAUCAUAACCUUUCCCGGAGUUGAAGAAGAGAGCGAUGGUGGAAAUGUUGGCAAUGGUGGAUAAAUCUAUCAAGUGUUCUCAACUUCUAAAUCAUAGAUUACAUUUUAAAAAAGAGUUUAAUGUUUCUAUAUGAUUUUAUUGCAUGUAAAAUACUAAUGUGUAAGCAUUGCUAUAUAAAUUAACACAUCUAGUUAUUGUUGAGUUAUAGAGAUAUACAUGAUUGGUAUAAGUAUUUCUGUAUGACUUUAAGUUGGGGAAAAAUGUUUAGACACCUCAAAUAAAUUUGAUAGCUUCAAAUUCUAAUGAUUCAGUAAAAUUUCAACGA